CUCACCAGGCAAAGUACCCUUUAGCAGAACCCUAGAAGGGGGAAAAAAAAAAAAAAAAAAAAGAAAGAAUUUCUUUCGAGUUCUCUCUCUCAACCAUGGCGGCGUCUUCAAAGUCCAGAUCAAGUGGUCCUGUACUGCGCUCGCUUUCUCCAUCAGGUAGAUUCUAUACCUGCACUUCUCAAUCGUCUUCUUCCUCAGCCUUUGCUUCUUCGACAAGCUCCAGCUUCCACACUCAUUCAUCGACGUUCUUUAAUCACCACGAGCAUCCCCGAUCAGCUUCGCCUACCCGUGUCAAUCUCUAUGCAUCAAGUCCUCUCGCUCAGUCCUUCCGUUUCUCUAUCGAUAGUAGAUCUAUCUCUCCUAGCCGAUCCAUCACCGUCUCCAAACAGAAAAAUCACCCUAUCUCUGCCCCUAGGAAGACCUGUAUGUGCUCCCCGACUACACAUCCCGGAUCGUUCCGAUGCAGUCUCCAUAAGAAUACGGCGAACAGUCACGGACACAGCUCAGCAUCUUAUCCGUCCACAAGGUUGAAUAUGCGGAGAUCGGCGAUGACGAAUUCGUUGGUACGGAUAGGCGGUGUUGAAGGAGAGUGGGUCAAGAGGGCAUUGUCCGCUCUUAUUCGUCCAUCUUCGCAUCAGCAGAGGAGAAGAGCCGCUUUUCAGCCGAGGCCUAGCCGGCUUUCCGUCAUGUUGAAAGCCAACGGCCAGUAAUUUAUUGUGAACUGUUGACAGGUCUGUUCUUGUUUCUUUAUCGGUCAUCUAUUACAAAUUUUCUCGCUUAGCUUUGGUCUGAGGCGGGAGAAUCCAGCGAAGAUGUCAUGUUCAGCAGCGUAGGGCCGGGUCGGCUCGGCCGAGUCGGCUCGGCCGAGUCGACUCAUGAAGUCCACUCGGUGUAACUUGCAGCGGCAUCCGGUGCAAAAUUGGCGACAUUCGUUAUCGUCCGGGAGACAAGGAGUCGCGGUGGUACCGAGUCAAACCGGACGAGUUUUGUAUUCGGAGACGUUCGAGAUCUUUAGAAUUUUUUGGAGGUGGAGAAUUGCUUUUGUACAAAUCAUUUGCAAUGGAAGGAGAAUUUCGGACAUAAAACUUUUCCAGAAAUUAAUGAAAAAUUAAAAUUCAAAA